AUGGCGCCGAAGUCUACAGAAGCCGAAGAUGCCAUCUACGUCGCCUGCCCUCCCCCCAAGGUCGCCGUCGAACCCGCUGCACUACCCACCAAUCUCAAGCUCACCGACGCUCAAGAGAAGCUGUACCUUGAGGUGGAGAAACACUUCCAGGCAGAGGACUACGUGUUGCCCGGAGUAGAGAACGGUGCGCUCACGGAGGAGGAAAAGUUCUGGUUGACUCGCGAGUGCCUGCUCAGGUUUAUCCGCGCGAUCAAGUGGGCGAGCGCACCAGAAGGCGUCAAGAGGGUAGAGGCGACCUUGAGGUGGAGACGUGAAUUUGGCGUAUACGACGUCAUCAAUACUGCGCAUGUCGAACCGGAGGCCGUGACGGGCAAGAUGAUGAUUUGGGGCUACGACUCCGACAAUCGACCUGCUCUCUACCUGCGUCCUAGUAGACAAAACACCGAGGAGAGCAUCCGUCAAGUGCACUAUGUGGUUUGGGCGCUGGAACGCCUAACGGAGCUUAUGGGUCCUGGAGUCGAGACUCUUGUUCUCAUGGUCGACUUUGCCGAUCGCGCGAAGAACCCUUCGUUGGGUCAGGCUCGCACGGUGCUCAACAUUCUGCAAACUCACUACCCAGAGCGUCUCGGCCGCGCGCUCGUCGUGAACAUCCCCUUCCUCGUGAACGCCUUCAUGAAGCUCAUCAUACCCUUCAUCGACCCGCUAACGCGCCCGAAGCUGCGUCUAAACCCGAACACGCUCGGCGAGGGCCUCUUCGCGCCGCCCGAGCUCAUCGCGGAGUGGGGCGGCUCCGCGCGGGUGCUCUACGAGCACGACAAAUACUGGGGCCCCCUCGUGCGCAUGUGCGCCGAGCGCCGCGAGCGUAUGUGGGAGGAGUGGCGUCGGCUCGGCGCGAAGGUCGGCGUGCGGGAGUGGGACAUCAAGUGUGCGAUCGAGCUCGGGCCAGCGGCUCCCGCGCCAAACCCUGCUCUUGAUGCUCACGAUGCUCCUGCUCCUGUCCACGUUCCUGCAGUCGCGGCUGACCCGGCGGCUGCAGAGAGCGAGGCAACGGCGGGGGCACCCGCUAUUACUGCUGCACCGGAGAAUGCUGUUCAUGCCGCACCAGAGGCCGCUGCCCCUGCCGUGUCAGAUGUCUCUGGCUGGGCCGUUGAUGCUUCUGCGGCAGGAGAUGCGGAUUAG